AUGACCUGGAUAUUUUUUAUUUUAAUAAAAACGCGAAUUGACGUCACUAAGUGUAAAACACAUGUCCAAGGCCACUACACCUUUUAUUUCAUUCUUUUUUUUCAACAGAAAAGUCCCUAUCUAAAACUCCGAUUCGCCUACCUUGAGCACACAGACCCGAUUUCGGUGAAUCAUAGUACUCCAGGACGGCACUUCUGCGCUGGCGAGCACUUCCCGCUCGCAAAUUCACGAGUCUUCCUACAGACGCACAUCGGUAUUGUCUGUCAACGCGUUAUUAUCGUAUCAGACUUACGUGCGGGACUAGCUGCGCCUAUGCUAAUCUGGCUAUCAAAUUCAAUUAAUGUUCUUCAAAAUUCACCAUCUCUUCCCCAUACCAUCUCUCAUAUUAAUACUCAAAGGAAUGAUAGGCCAGUUUGUCUGUUUCAGGGCAUGGCGACACAUUUCAACUGCGAAGCAGACAGCCUUGAAAUAACUGAGGAGGACUUAAAUUUAGGGACUGAAGCGUUUGCUGAAGCAGAGCUAAGGGCUAAAUUGCGGAGUGGAAUUCGACCACAGCGCAUUUGUCCCUGUCGUGACGGGCUUCCCGGCCAGACCUCAUUGUGCAAUGAUUGUCUCUAA